UUGAUUCAUGAUAAUUAUUAUGAACUCUAACGUCAAUAUCAAGAUUUCUAAGGAUAGUCUAUCCCAAGAGUGUGAUGCUCUCUCUUCAAGUGACUUUGACGAAUGCAGUCCCUCUGUGCAGUCUGUCAGGACUUGAGAAGAGUUUGACAACAUCCUGAGCUAUAAUAAAGGAAAGAUAGAUGACAAAAAGAGAUUUUUAAUAACCCGAGGAGCUCAUAGUUUCACCAAAAAGUUCUCCCCUGUCUCAGAAUCAACCAAGAAGAGUAUUAAUUGAUCCGAAUUCAAUACUAAGAAGAUCGAGUUUGGCCAAAGAACUUGCAGAAUCUUUUCAAAUGAGCUUGAAGAUUACAGUUGUUCAAGUACUACUUCCAAAAAGAAGAGAGCAGAACUCAGAAAGCUUCCUUCAGAAGUGAUUUUGGAAGAUCUGUUGAAAGGUGAAUAAUGAAGGAAUCAAACUAAUUAAUUUUGAUGAAUAAUAUUUUA